ACAACUUUGCCAGAAGCCACCCAGUUGAUAGCCAAACCCUUGGAAUUCGAGGCGUCUCAUUUGCUGGCGAAAGCCAGUUCCGAGGAGGCCGGGGCGGGGUAGCUUUGGAGAAGGAGACCCAGGUUGGGUGCGUGUAUAUAUCUAGGAAGGGCGGGCUGCUUGGGCGGGAGUAGCACUCCCAGGGACAAAAGAGAAGUUGUUCAACCUUGGCUUUUGGAAAACAAAAUACAUUUCAACGCAAAUUUCUUCCGCAUACUCUUUCCAAAAUGGGCAAGACUAGUAUCCGUGCCGUUAACAAGGUCAGCUUUGACAAGCCGGCUUCGGAACAGCCCGGCCUGCAUAACAGAUGGCAUCCGGACAUUCCAUUUGCGGGCACCGUUAAGAAUGGCGAGACGGUCAAGAUUGAAUGCGUAGACUGGACUGGCGGCCAGAUUGGCAACAACGACUCGGCGGACGACAUGCUCAACGUCGACCUCACCAAGAUCCACUACCUCAGCGGGCCCUUCGAGGUCGAGGACGCUCAGCCGGGGGACCUGCUGCUCGUCGAGAUCAUGGACGUCCAGCCGUUCGAGGACCAGCCAUGGGGGUUCACGGGCGUGUUUGACAAGAACAAUGGCGGCGGCUUCUUGGACGAGAUUUAUCCCACCGCCGCCAAAGCCAUCUGGGACUUCGAGGGCAUCUAUUGCACCUCGCGCCACAUUCCGCACGUCAAGUUCGCCGGGCUCAUUCACCCGGGCAUCCUGGGCUGCGCGCCCUCGGCCGAGGUGCUCAACACGUGGAACACGCGUGAGGGGGAGCUCAUUGCCGCCAACAAGCUCGAACGCGACGUCGCGAAGCCGCCCGAGCCCAUCAACGUCCACGCCGGCGGCGCCGACGACGCUGUCAAGGAGAAGGUCGGCAAGCAAGGGGCCCGGACGAUCCCCGGACGCCCCGAGCACGGCGGGAACUGCGACAUCAAGAACCUGAGCAGGGGCAGCAAGGUCUACCUCCCCGUCCACGUCCCCGGCGCCAAGUUUAGCGUCGGCGACCUGCACUUCUCCCAGGGCGACGGAGAAAUCUCCUUCUGCGGUGCCAUCGAGAUGGCGGGCGUCAUCACCAUCAACUUCAAGGUUGUCAAGAACGGCGUCGCCGACCUGGGCCUCAAGUCGCCCAUCUACAUCCCCGGCCCCGUCGAGCCGCAGUUCGGUCCCGGGCGGCACAUCUACUUUGAGGGCUUCUCGGUCGACCAGCACGGGAAGCAGCAUUACAUGGACGUCACCGUGGCCUACAGGCAGACCAGUCUCCGCGUCAUUGAGUAUCUCCGCCGCUUCGGCUACAGCGACUACCAGGCCUAUCUACUCAUGUCGUGCGCUCCGAUCCAAGGCCACGUCGCCGGCAUCGUCGACAUCCCCAAUGCGUGCACGACCAUUGGCCUGCCGAUGGACAUUUUCGACUUUGACAUCUCGCCUGGACUCGGCAAGGUUGAGAAGCGCGACAUGGGCAGCUGCGCGUUCGCGACGGGGGUCACCGAGGGCAAGAUUGAGAAUGGCGGCGAGAACAGCGAGCACAGCUUCGGUGGCGGGAUGACGUAUAAGAGCUUGUAGACACCAAAUGCUUAACAGAUCCCUGAGUUCGCUUGCGCCUUCUCUGUGACACACGCACGCAUACACACACACAGAGAGAGAGAAAGGGGGGGGGGGAGUUCGAUCAGCGUAGUGUCGAGAAUCCAUCGUGUGUAUCCAUUGU